GCCUCUCGCUGAGCAGAAACCAGAUCAUGAAUCCACCGUGCGAAUCCGGUUCCGAGCUCUGCCCCCUCAACCCCAUUCGCCACCGUCCCAAUCCAAGCUCCGCCGCCAAGGCCUGCUGUCGGAGCUCCAGCUUCGGAGCCCUCGUGGCCAACGAGUGGUCCGACGGUCUCCCCUUCCGCCUCGACGAUUCCGACGAUAUGGUCAUCUACGGCGCCCUCCACGACGCCUUCCACCUAGGCUGGCUUCCCUCUGGCACCAAACCGGAGCCCGCUUCAGAUUACGAGGAGAAGGAGCGGUCGGUGGCGACGGCGUUUGAGAUCGCCCACCAGCAGCCUCCGGCGGAGGUGAAACACUACCGAGGCGUGCGGCAACGGCCGUGGGGGAAGUUCGCGGCGGAGAUUAGGGAUCCUGCGAGGAACGGGGCGAGGGUGUGGCUGGGGACGUUCGACACGGCGGAGGACGCGGCCCUCGCCUACGAUCGCACCGCCUACCGGAUGAGGGGUUCCCGUGCCCUGCUCAACUUCCCGGACCGGAUCUGCUCCGCGGAGGCCACGGCAGCCGUCGCAUCGUCCCUGUCGAAGCGUUCCUCAUCACUGACAGAAUCCCCCAACUCCUCCUCUUCCUCCUCCCUCAAUUCCUCCACUUUCUCGCCGAAGAGGAGGAAGCGAGGGGCGGCGGCGACGAUCGCCGCCAGCAAUUCUGCUCCUCCCGUCGCCAACCCGGUUCAAGGGCAGACCGUUGUCUGCGUAGGCAAUGCGCCGGUCUUCCUUGCUGCCCCGAUUACUAAAUUGCCACAUGCCGAUCAGUUGUUGGUUAGCUAGAGAAUCAUUUUAUCCCCCCAUAUCUUCAUACCGCAGCAUGCAUAUUCUGUAUACAAGUAAUGUUAUCCUAUGGAUCCUAUCGUGCAUAUACGUAUAAUAUUAUUGAUAUGGAUAUAACCGAACAUUUGAAAAAAUAAAUAA